AUGCCGUUACACUAUAUCAUCAGCCAAAAGAACCGUAAACAACUUAUGGUGAAAGGAUACAUCUAUAAUUUUGAACGUGCUAGUGCUGAGAAAAGUAUUUGGAAAUGUGUAGAGUAUUUUACUUGUAAGUGUAAAGGGCGAAUUCACACUCAAGAUGAUAAUAUCAUUCUUGAAAAAUCUCACGGGCAUCCUCCAAAUGCUGGCAAAAUUACAGCGAAAGAGAUUAUGAGUUCAAUUAAAGAGCGUGCGGUAACAACGCAAGAAUCGACACAUUCUUUAGCAGCAGUUGGUACAAUUGGUCUUCCUUGUGCUGUUUCGGGGCAUAUACCACCAGUGGAAAAUAUUAAAAAAAUUAUCAGAUAUGCUCGACACGGAGAAAUGCCAUUGCAUAAUCCUAGAUGUCUUGAAGAAUUAGUAAUCCCAGAACAGUUUUCAAAAACACUAAAAGAAGAGAAAUUUUUGCUGUAUGACAGUGGAGUGCAGACAGACAGACAGAAUUCUAAUUUUUUCGACCCUCAGAAAUCUGGACUUCAUGGCUGA